AGGCGCGGCUGAAGCCGGCCGUUCCCGCCUCUCUCUCCUUGGAAUUCCUCCAGAGGAGGCGGGCGAGCUGCGUGCGGCCGCGCUGCUCCUCCUUGCGCGUCCGUUCUCCAAAUAGGGGCUCCCCAUUCCCCACCGCCCGCGCCCCUACGCGGGCUGAGCGCUCCACCCGCACACAGCGCCCCGCUGCGGCGCCCCGACUGGAUGUAGCAUCCCCGUCCCGCUCCCGUCCUGGCCCGUCGCCCCGCAGCCCAGCCGGAGCGGUGACCGCCUCCCCGCUGUUCGCUGCCGGUUGCUGCCUGCACCAUGGGCAGUGAGCAGAGCUCGGAGGCCGAGAGCCGACCCAACGAUCUGAACUCCUCAGUGACUCCUUCUCCAGCUAAGCACAGAGCCAAGAUGGAUGAUAUUGUGGUUGUAGCUCAGGGCUCCCAGGCCUCACGGAACGUCAGCAAUGAUCCUGAUGUCAUCAAGUUGCAAGAGAUUCCAACCUUCCAACCUCUUUUGAAAGGGCUAUUGAGUGGCCAGACUUCCCCAACAAAUACCAAAUUGGAGAAACUGGAUUCUCAGCAGGUGUUGCAGCUCUGCCUCCGAUAUCAGGAUCACCUCCAUCAGUGUGCAGAGGCUGUUGCUUUUGAUCAGAAUGCUUUGGUUAAGCGAAUCAAAGAGAUGGACCUUUCUGUAGAAACUCUCUUUAGCUUCAUGCAAGAGCGCCAGAAAAGGUAUGCCAAAUACGCGGAGCAGAUCCAGAAAGUCAACGAAAUGUCCGCCAUCCUCCGCCGCAUCCAGAUGGGCAUAGACCAGACCGUGCCCCUGAUGGAGAGGCUCAACAGCAUGCUGCCCGAGGGCGAGCGGCUGGAGCCCUUCAGCAUGAAGCCGGACCGAGAGCUCAAGCUGUAGGGGCUUCUCCCCUCCGGCCAGGAGGUGUUCCCUGGGGACAGCACCUGGCGCCACCAGUACCCUGAGGACAUUUGGAACCAAAGUGGAUGCUGUGACCGGGCCUGGAGCUGGUGGAAGGGGCUGUGAGGCAGCCCGCUGGCCUGAAGACCUCAUGUUGCCCUACCUCCCCCUCUCCUUGAUGCAGUUUCCUUUGCAAAAUGAACCAAACUAAUUCUCAGUGGUACCUGAAGUCUGAACGGUUUUAUUAGGAAUUCUUUCCAGAACUCUGCAUUGGGAGUUAUUUUUAUUUUGUUUAGCUUUUUUAAAUUGAGAGUGUAUAUUAUUUAGUCUGGCUUGUGGGGUGAAGAUGUGGAGCGAAGGGGAGGAAUAUGUUAAGGAGCUCUGUCCUUGAUGCCUCCAUGAAAUGUUGUCAAGGCUCUGGGUUAUGGGUUGUAAACAUAAAGAACUAAUUUAAUCCCGG